UACCGGCUGACCAAGCAGUCGCUGGGAGAGGGCGCGUUUGCAAAGGUGCGGCUCGCCACGUCGGAGAGCACGGGACACCAGGUGGCGGUCAAGAUCAUCAAGCGGAAGAAGCUGGACGGGCGGGCGGAGCUGCUGCUGCAGCGCGAGGUCAAGCACCACGAGAAGCUGCGGCAUGUCAACAUCGUGCGGCUGCACACCUGGAUCAAGGGGCCGACAAAGUACUAUCUCGUGAUGGAGUACUGCGGCCGCGGCGACCUGCUGCAGUUCGUCAACCGGUCGGGCUACCUCCCCGAGCCGCUCGCCCGCCGCCUCUUCCGCCAUCUCAUGGACGGCAUUGCCUUUUGCCACCGCCUCGGCGCAGCCGCCUCACCGCCAUCCGAUCGGCGGCGCCUCCCUCCACGCGCGAGGGCUCCCGACGAGCAGCUCGUGCUCAAGAUCGCAGACUUCGGUCUCUCCGACCUGCAGACCAAGCCUAACUCGCUCUCGGGCACGCUGUGCGGCUCCCCCCUCUACGCCGCCCCGGAGCUCAUGACGGAAGGCGCGGCCCUCGACGGUUACGACGCGACAAAGACCGACAUCUGGUCGUGCGGAGUCAUCCUGUACGCGCUGCUCGCCUCGGCUCUCCCUUUCGACGCGGGGGACGUGCACGCCCUCGUCCGGCUGAUCCAGCUCGGA